AUGGCCACCGUCCGUUCCACCCUCUCUCCCAGUCUCCCACCGCCAUCUCCAUCUUCACCUCCCGCCCACACCCCCGUCGCCUCCUAUCCCCGCCACCGCAAGCCCCUUACCACGCCCGCAGCCGGGCAGGCGGCUCUCCAGCCCUCCGAAGCGGCGGCGCUCCUCACGGCCGCGGCGCGCGCCCGCGACCUCCGCCUGGGCCGCGCUCUCCACGCCCGCCUCCUCCGCACCGGGUCACUCCUCGAGGCCGACGCCGUCGUCGCCAACUCGCUCCUCCGCUCUACUCCAAGUGCGGCGCCGUGGCCGCCGCGCGCAGCGUGUUCGACGGAAUGCCCGUCGGCCUGCGGGACCUCGUCAUCCUGGACGGCCAUGGCGUCCUACCUCUCGCGAAACGGCGCGGAGGCGGAGGCGCUCCGCCUGUUCGGCGAGACGCUCGAGGAGGGUCUCCUGCCGAACGCGUUCACGCUGUGCGCCGCGGCCCAGGCCUGCUUCGUCACCGAGCUCUUCCGCUCGGCUGGUGGCGCGGUUCUUGGUUUGGUGUUCGAGUUGGGUUUCUGGGGCACUGACGUCUCGGUGGGUUGCGCUCUGAUUGACAUGUUCGCGAAGAAUGGGGAUUUGGUGGCGGCGCGCAGGGUGUUUGAUGGAUUGUUCGAGAGGACGGUUGUCGUCUGGACAUUGCUGAUUACACGGUUGGGGCAGCAACUGCACUCUCUAGCGCUCAGGCUUGGACUGGAAUCAGACAGUUGCGUGAGCUGUGGGCUUGUGGACAUGUAUGCAAAGUCUCACAAUGGACAGUCCUUGCACAAUGCGAGGAAAGUCUUCAAUCGGAUGCCAAAGCAUAAUGUGAUGUCAUGGACAGCACUUUUGUCAGGGCAAAUUCAUACCCACUGCGUCAAAUCCAGCCUAGCUGACUUAAACGUUGUUGGGAAUGCUCUAGUAAGCAUGUAUGCUGAAUCUGGUUCCAUGGGGGAAGCUAGACAUUCGUUUGACCAGCUGUAUGAAAAGAACAUGGUACCCUUCAGCUGCAAUUUAGACGGAGUUGGGAGGAGCAACACUUAUCAAGAUUAUCAGAUUGAAAGAAUGGAGUUAGGAAACAACACUUUCACAUUUGCUAGUCUGAUCAGUGCCGCCGCUAGUGUAGGGUUGCUAACCAGAGGCCAACAGCUGCAUGCCCUCUCACUGAAGGCUGGAUUUGUGUCAGAUAGAGCCAUAGGCAACUCUCUUGUGUCUAUGUAUUCUAGAUGUGGAUACCUAGUAGAUGCUUGCCAAGCCUUUGAUGAAAUGAAUGACCAUAAUGUGAUCUCAUGGACUUCAAUGAUUAGUGGUUUGGCGAAACAUGGGUAUGCAGCGAGAGCUCUGGAAUUGUUUCAUGAUAUGAUCGCAGCUGGGGUGAAACCAAAUGAUGUCACAUACAUUGCUGUUUUAUCUGCAUGUAGUCAUGCCGGUCUAGUUAAAGAAGGGAAGGAACGCUUUAGAAUGAUGCAGAAGGAUCAUGGACUCAUACCAAGGACGGAGCAUUAUGCUUGCAUGGUUGAUCUGCUUGGGCGAUCAGGCCUUGUUGAAGAAGCACUAUAUUUCAUCAACGAAAUGCCUUGUCAAGCAGACGCAUUGGUCUGGAAGACACUCCUUGGUGCCUGUAAGACCCACAACAACAUGGAUAUCGGUGCGAUUGCUGCUAACCACGUCAUACAGCUCGAACCACAAGAUCCAGCCCCCUAUGUCUUGCUCUCCAACUUGUAUGCAGAUGCUGUUUUGUGGGAUCAAGUAGCUGGGAUAAGGAGUCUAAUGAGGGAUAAAAAUCUGAUGAAAGAAAAAGGGUUGAGCUGGAUGCAUGUUGAGAACACCAUUCACGAGUUUCGAGCUGCUGAUACCAACCAUCCACAAGUAGAGGAGAUCUAUACGAAGUUGGAUACACUGAUAAGAGAAAUCAAAGUCAUGGGCUAUGUACCAGACACCAGCAUAGUGCUCCAUGACAUGUCGGAUGAGCUUAAGGAGCUGUCUGCUUCAGCACAGCGAGAAGAUUGCUGUUGCAUUCGGUUUGAUCAGUUGUACAUCAGCAACAAAGCCAAUAAGGAUCUUUAA